GUGUUCCCACCUGCUUAUAAAUGUCACUCCAGGAGAGAAACGGCACUUCCCAAUUUGUCUCUGCUGCCCAGAUCCGCUCCCCUCCAUCACCUCUUUCAUUGCCUGGGAACAUGGCCAACAGGAAAAUAAUCGCAGUGUUUGGAGCAACAGGGUCUCAGGGCGGCUCUGUGGCCAGGGCCAUUCUGGAGGACAACCAUUUUGCACUGAGAGUACUGACCAGGGAUGUGGCUGGGAAGAAGGCCCUAGUGUUUCAGGACCUUGGUGCUGAGGUGGUCAGAUGUGACCUGGAUGACUCUGCAUCUGUGGAAGAGGCCUUAAAAGGAGUCUAUGGAGCCUUUGUGGUGACCAACUUCUGGGACCAUCUCAGCAAAGAGAAGGAAGUGUGUCAGGGGAAGCUGGUGGCAGACGUGGCCAAGCGCCUGGGCCUGAAGCACGUGGUGUACAGCGGCUUGGAGAAUGUGGACCGGUUGAGCGGGGGCACGCUGAAGGUGCUGCACUUCGAUGGGAAGGGGGAAGUGGAGGAGUAUUUCUGGUCCACUGGUGUCCCUAUGACCAGCGUCCGCUUGGCGGCUUACUUUGAAAACUUCCUCACUCUGUGGAAGCCAGUGAAAACCUCCGAAGGCUACUACACCCUAGCACUGCCCAUGGGGGACGUACCGAUGGAUGGGAUCUCUGUCGCCGACGUUGGAGCAGUUGUCUCCAGCAUUUUUGCUUCUCCAGAGGAGUUUGUAGGCAAGGCUGUGGGCCUCAGCGCAGAGGCCCUGACAAUACAGCAGUAUGCUGACGCUUUGUCCAGAAUUCUGGGGAAGGACAUCCGGGACGCAAAGAUCACUCUAGAAGCUUUUGAGAAGCUGGGAUUCUCUGGAGUGGAGGAAAUGGCCAGUAUGUUUCGUUUCUAUCAAAUGAAGCCUGACCGUGACAUCAAGCUUACCCACCGUCUAAACCCCAAAACCAGAAGCUUCAGCCAGUUUAUCUCAGAGAACCAGGGAGCCUUUAAAGACAUGUGAAGAGCCUCAGGCGCUGAGCUGCAUGGCCUCUUGUCCCUCUUGUCCUUGUAACACAAUAUUCCCCCUUACAGAGCAGCAAGGGUGGGGGGUGACUGUCUAUAUCAUCUGAGGGUUCCCUGUGCCUUCUCUCCUGACACUGCACUGGAGAUUCAACACAGCAAUUUGAUUCUCUUAAAACUUUCCAGAUAGUGAUUAAUGGUGGUAGACCUAAUGGUGAAUUGAGAAGUCCCAGAAUACAUUGCCUUCUCCAGAUCCUUCUCUCCAAGAUCCAAGUUGUCUGAAAAGGCUGGUGUGAGGAACUCGGACCAUCUCCCUUAAUGUAAAUGUGAGGUCACUCAGCUCUCUUCUGAAGGAGGGGUCCCCUUCUGAAUCAACACACAGAUCUACUCCCUGUAGAUAAGGAGCCCAAGCCAGACCAAAGUAUGAAUACCACCUAAGUCCAGCUUGGUGAACCAUGAAUUUUAUUGGGGUUACUUACUGGAGUGUGGGUGAAGGGUUACUUACAGGAGCAGAAAUGACUCAAAGACAGCUGCAUCACCAAAGCCCACCCUAGCAAAAGUUAGGAACCUGGAGCAUACCUGCACAGCCUGCAGGCAGCUCAAUUGUUUUUUAUGUCUUCCAGGUGGCUGGGCUGGGCUGAGUCUUUACAGCUUGGCUUGUCUGAGAGCCUUCUUUACAGCUCAGUUGAGCUCCCUCUGAGAGGGACCCAGUGGUUAGUGUUUAUCCUGGCAGGGAGGGGCCUAGUGAAUCUGGUCAGUUUCAGGGACUUCCUCAAGUUGUUUUGUUUACCUUCCUGCUCAAGAAGCUUCCAUGUAGGAUGGAACCUUUCAGUAUCUGAAGAAACUGUACACACCACUACACUUUUUCAGUGAUCUUGUCUUCUUCAGCCCACAACCCCACUCCUGACAUGUAAGUGAUCAAUAAACGUUGAUUGAACAAGA